AUGUCUGGGCUUUUGGGAGGAAUUUUACCCGACGUCAGUCUGGGUCUGGGGUUGGGCGGUGGUGCAGGCACCACUGCCACGGAUGCCGCUUCAGCGACUGCUACGGCGGCCCCGGAUGAGAAGACCACAAACGCUCCUCCUCCUCCUCCGCCGCAGUCGAAGGCGACAACAACUCAGAACACGGCCCUGCCGGCGGCCACAAAUGAUGCCGGGGCAGUAUUGAACCCUGGUCAACCGGAUGAUAACGACACCAACGAUGACGCUACGACGACACGGGGUGGAAGGAAUGGAAACGGGGACGACAAUAAGACAGCCGCACCAGAGUCAACCACGUCUACCAGAGCCGCGGCCACCUCCGCCACUUCAACAGCAAAGCAGGCAACUCAGCCAACGGCUGCAACCUCUACUGCUAAUGCCCCAGCAGUUCUGCCAACGACUGCAAGCACUGCGAUCUCAACCAGUCAAGCAACCAGUGCACAAACCUCCCUCCCGUUGUCAAUCCCCACGGGUUUACCCACCACACUUUUGACCAGUGUCCUCCCUCCUCUGGAUGCCACCUCAAUCCUAGAUACAGCCCCUUUGACUAGCAUUCUACCCACAAGCCUGCUCCCGGACACAACCAGUCUUGCACUUGCCACCUCCACCCCGGCCGCCGUCGUCAGUCCGGACCCUGCGUCUACGAGUCUCGGUCUGCCGGACAACGGGAUCAGCCAGGCGCAGACGGAGAGCUCUGGCGGCAUGUCCAUGGGUGUGACCAUCGGCGUCGCCACGGCCGGUGGUGUGGGUGCCCUGGCACUGAUCGUGACCACCAUCCUGGCCUGCCGGCGGCACUGGCGUAAGCGCCGCAAUGCCAACGACGAGGCGCUCCAGAAGCUCGACGAGCUGUAUGAGCAGGGCAAGCCGACGUUCGAGGAGAAGGACACGGGCCGCUGGAACAAGGGGCUGGAGCAGUUCCACAGCGCCACGCGCCCCAACGAGCUGUCGGGCGAUUCGGCCAGCUUCAGAGCGUACAGGGCUUGA